AUGGCACAACAACCAGGAUCACCCAGAUUAUCUUUGCCAGAAAACCAAGCUAUGAUCCAGAAUAAUAGGAUUCAGCAAGAGAUUAAUAAUAUUAGACGAUAUUUUCAAAGCCCAAUCACAAUAACACCUACAAUUAAUGGUAUUGUGGAUUAUCUUAAUAUAAUUUCUGAUGCUGGGGAUAAGUUUGAAAGAUUAGUACUAGAUAUAUAUCUGCAGGCAAAUGCUCGCGCAAUUUAUGCAGAAAAUCAAGUAGCAAAUUUGCAGACCCAGUUAACUAAUUCACAAAUUCAGUUAGCUACACUUCAAAAUGACUACGAUCUUUUUCAUCAGGCCUAUGAAGCUCACAGAACACAACACAAUAUAUUUAAAUCUCGAGAACUUGAUGAUCGAAUUACAAUCCAUAUGCAAAAAAGACAAAUAUCAAAAUUGCUUCUAGAAAAAUUUGCAUUAGGAUUUAAAAAUAGACAAACACAACAGCAACUACAAGAAUAUAAGACAGAUGAAGCAAUUACUAUGCACCUCUUAAAUCUUACAAAAAAUCAAUACAGCAAAUGGAAAAAUAAAUGCAAGACUCUAGAAAAUGAUUUAUUACUUGCCAAUGUUCAACUAGACAAUAAGUGA